AUGGCAAACACCAAAGCUCCGCCAAUCCAAGGCUUCUUGCCUGGUCUCGAAUUGACGCCUUAUUCAGAAUAUGGGAUUUUGUUGUCUAUCCAGAAAAAAGAUAUCAAAAGGUACUUUAAAGAGAAAGGCACACGGCUUCAGAACAAAUGCAAGAAACAUUGUGGGUUACUCAUACGUUUACAGAAAUACACUAGGUAUGAACAAGCAAACAUGAUUCCCAAGGAGUUGAUUUCGUUGGCCAAGGAGUUAUCGUUCACAAGCCAAUUUCAACCGGGGGACGAGAUGGAAAAAGCUAAGGAAUUUUUGCUUCAAAAGUUAUCCCUGCUUGCAGCCGAUUGCAUCGCAUCUGAAAAAGAAAUCUUAGCAGCAAAUAUUGACCCCAAGAAAGAAUGUGUGGAAUGGUUCAAUACAUUCACUUCUGAUGGAGGACACCAAGGGUGGAGUACCUAUGAAGAAAUACAUGCGGCCUGCGCCAAAUUCGACCUAGAGCGCACCCCUAAGAGCUUCUUGGACAGCUCGUCGAUAUUUCGCAAAGAGACUUACCAUGAAAUUGUAGGCAAAAUGAUCAUCAAAGCAAAGGAGGAUGAUCAGAAGACUAUGGAGUUUCUCGCAAAACAACAAGUGAACGAAGAUCUCGAUGACUACGAUGUGAUCGGGCCAGAAAUUUCAACCCGGUCGCUUCAAAAAGAGAUUGAGUCUCUCAAAUCCGCGGUGAAUGAACUCAUAAUGGCGGAUCAAGUGAAGUCCACCACCCAAGCAGACCAAAAGAAAAAGAAAAGUCAAACCUCCGUUCCUAAAAAGACGCCUAACAAGAAACAGAAUCAAAAGAGUUAA